AUGGAGAAUAUUCAUUUAAAAAUAUACUAUGCAGACACAAAUUGGAGCGAGAUCAGCCCCAGAUUGAAACUGAAGUCAUUAAAGGCCACAGUACUCCAAUACAAAGAAGUCAGCGGGAAAGCUCUGAAAGGCAAGAAGAAGGAUGAAACUCUUGUCAAAACCAAUAAGAUCUGCCAGGAUAUUCUAGACAGAAUGACAAGCACUAGAAGGUUCCCUUGGCUUUGGGCGAGCUUCUUCCUCAUUGUGGCCAUCGCUGGCCUCGUGGCCUACGAUGUCUCCAGGGUUGGUGGCAAUUUCCCUAAGAGCGCAACGGGAAAACUAUUCAAGGACCUCGGCAUACUCGAACAGAGCCAGCGGGCGUGGCAGAAGACAUUGUCGACGUCAGCACGCGGAUACUUGUGGGUGGAGACCAACGCGCCAGUCUACUACGCUCAGACCGUGGAGGCGUGCAAGCCUUACGCACAACUAUCUAAAGAUGCUUACUUCAUUGCUGUGAAAAAGGCUGGAGUUUUGUAUGGAAAUGUCUGGGAUUACGUGUCUGAAAAGUCACCCAUGCUGGAAGCCUUCAUAGAGCAGUACGCACCAGGAUUGAUCGAGACGAUCCGUAAGCAGUACCAAGCGUUUGUUAGUGCUGUGGUGAAAUAUGCUACCGAUUAUUACCAACUGUCUGCUGAUUACUUGAAGACUAAAGUGUUCAUUGGCGAAUGGGCGCCGGAGAUACUUCAGAACAAGACCCAGUCAGCUCUCAACGUGACCAGGUUCCACAUGACUUCGUAUUUCCACUGGUUCAGGGAACAAGUGAACAUCUACUGAGAUACCCUGAACACAGAGCUGUUCUGUAUGUUAGUGAUAGUACAACUCAAACGCGGAUAGAGGAAUGUGCGAUGUGUAAUUUUUUUACUUAAUUUAUUAUAUUUUCCAAUGAAUUUAAUUACAACAUUUUUAAAAAACUUUUUAAAAUCUACUGUUUAUUAUUACGUUUUAUUACAUUUACUGCUAGUAAUGUUAUUUGUUUAUUGGUAACAUUUUAGUUUAAAACAUGGCAUACAAUAUUGAGGUGCACAAUGAAAUUUUAUAAGUUCCUAAUUUAUUCAGGUAGCUGGACUAUCGCAUGCCCGUGACCAUAGUCCUCUGUCCGCACCUCCCUGAGUUCAUUUUCAAAACCCGCCAGUUUUUAUAACAAAAUUUUAAUUGAGUACAACCAAAAUGCAGUCCAUUUGAUGUUAGUCGACAUCGUUAAUGCAAUAAUUUUUCAUAUCAUUAACAUUUAAAUAUCCAUGACAUGUAGUGGUAUUUCUAAAUUCAGUAUUCGUCAACAUUCCUGAUGAUGCAUUUACGGAAUCAACGACUGAUUACAUUAAAUCGCAAUCGACUUAUUGUUAGUUACCUUAAUCAUCAUCCAAAUACAAAUCAUUAAUCUAAAAAGUUAGACCUUGUAGUCGGUAAGAUUUUUUUAGUAUAUUUAUUUGUGUUGAGAGAUUGUGUGUUUUAAUUAAAUAUACAAUUUGAAAGAGGAAUGAUUAAAUUAUGUUUUAUGUUCUAUAAAAUUUUGGUAAUUCUUUCAAACAUUGUUUUUAUUUGUAUAAUUAAAGUUCUAAUCAGUAAUUGACUGUAUUGUGCAGAUGUCGCUAUUUACAAUUUUGAGACUGUCUUCCUUGAUUUAGUUUAAAUGGUAUUAAGACUUGAGUAUUAGUCACUCCAGUGCUUGUAUUUUAAAACCAUCAUUCCUCUGGAUAAUGUCAAUGUUGUGUUGUACGAAAUAAAUAUAAGAAUUCACAAUAAAAUAUUGUUAGUGAUUUCA